GCGCCCUAUAUAUUUCCGGACUCCAGCAGAGCGCUGACGGCCAUGUUGGGAGUUUCUUCCUGUUUUUGACGGUCGGUGUCUGUGCAGAAGUCCUACGUUUGUGCGUGAGUAAAGGCCAGCCGAAGUUUGAAGGAAAACGAUUCUUGAGGACGAACUUGGCCAGGUUGUUGUCGUUUGGAAAGACUGAGACGAUUUCUACCUUCCAUUUUCCGGAAACGUCGCCCUCACUCCAGAAUCACCAUGCCAACCCCCAAGGCGUUGCCCCUGCACAAGGUGAUCAUGGUGGGGAGCGGUGGGGUGGGCAAGUCCGCCCUGACGCUGCAAUUCAUGUACGAUGAGUUUGUUGAGGAUUACGAACCCACCAAAGCCGACAGCUACCGCAAGAAGAUCACGCUAGAUGGCGAGGAAGUCCAGAUCGACAUCCUCGACACGGCGGGCCAGGAGGACUACGCGGCCAUCCGCGACAACUACUUCAGGUCCGGGGAGGGUUUCCUGUGCGUCUUCAGCAUCACCGAGCAAGAGUCGUUUGCAACCACCACAGAAUUCAGGGAACAAAUUUUGAGAGUGAAGUGCGACAAGACGGAAGACAUGAUCCCGUUCUUACUCGUCGGUAACAAAGCUGAUCUGGACGAGAAGAGGCAAGUGAGCGUCGAGGAGGCAACGAGCCGGGCAACCGGCUGGAAGGUUCCCUACGUCGAAACCUCGGCCAAAACAAGAGAAAAUGUCGACAAGUCUUUUUACGAUCUCAUGCGAAAGAUCCGUGAGCAGAAAGCCCGGGAAAAUCAGAAGCAGAACGGCAAGGGCAAGAAACCUAAGGACCCAGGCGGACGGCCGAAGCGAAAAUGCGUCAUCCUGUGAAAAAGAUGUUUUACUCGGUGUGCGUGUGUGUGUCUGUUUGUCAUUGUUUUCUACGACGCAAGGUCAAAUCUGCUGAUAUUUUGGUAAAGUAUGGACGGAAUCUAAUUGGUGAAAUUAUGAUCCAGGAUCAAAUAUUUCACCAUAUCUAGCAAAACAAAAAUGGAUGAGCUCAGUUGAUUUAUAUUUUAACUGAGAUGACUGCUUAUGAGUGCUCAAAAUUGAUCGUGUUAAAAUUGAUUUUUUCCGAAAAAGUUUUGUCUAUUACCGCCCUCUGUAGUUCACCCGGUAAUUAAUGUGGCCGUAUUAUGUUAGAGUAACAAGCCUAAUGCUCCUUAAAAACCAUCUUCAUUGUGGGAACAAUGAUCACAAUUCAAAUACCAAGUCAGUUCACAAGUAACGAAAGAUAAACAGUGACAAAUGCAUGUCUUGUGCUUGACAUGUGAUUGACAUGUGAUCGACACGUGAUUGACAUAUGAUUGACAUGUGAUUGACACGUGAUCGACAUGUGCUUGACAUGUGCUUGACAUGUACUUUACACGUGAUUGACACGUGAUCGACAUGUGAUUGACGUGUGAUGGCUUGCAAUGACUCUGCCACAUUGUCUUUCACCACAUAUUCUAUGCAGGUUUGACGUUGCUUGACAAAAUAUGUAAAUAUUUAUGAACACAAGUCUGAAGUUACAUCUUGUCUCAUCCCCCCCCCCCCAACAACACAAUUGUUCACUUUGACUUGACGAAACCUCAAAAUACGGAUGCUACUUUGACAUUUUUACCUGAUUUGUUCCGUUCUUGUCAAAAUAAUCCCGGCGUGAACUGGCUAAGAAAGGGCAUAUGUAAAAAAAAGCGUGACGUCAUUAGGUCUCUAGUCCAUAGACGGGAGCAAUCAUUUAGACACUACUACACUGUACAUUGUGACCUAACUACCGCAAGGAACAAGACUUGAAAAUACGAAAGCAAAAAAUAUGUUCAUUUACUUGGACACCAGCCAUUUUUUGCCGUGCACAAAUUUAUAUCGUCACUGAAAAAAAAAAAAAUGUAAAAAAAAUUAAAUGCUAGAAAAUAAAAAUGUAACUUAAAACGCUUGUUUUAGUUGUAAACCUUAAGAGAAAGGUUGCUGUUUAUAUAAAAGAAGAAACAAAAGUCAUUAAUUAAUUUGUAAUUAUUUUUAAUGUAAAUGCCUGCACAUGUAUAUUUGUUUGGUUUAUUUAUGGAUCAAUGUCCUUUUUUUGGGGUGAUUUUUUCGAUUGGAGAAUUGUGAGCUCAAUUAUCCAAAAAUUUCUUUGUCGUGUUUUACUGAUUAAAUGGCUAACCAAGAUUUAAAAAAAAUCUGCUCAUAUUUGCAUGGUAAUUGCAUGAAUGUACGAUAACAAAUUUUCAAAAUGGCCGCCGUUUUGCACAGAAGGACUGAUACAGAAUUACAUCUACCUAACUCAUUAGAUGCUAAAUUGUGUUGAAUAGUAAAAAAGAAGUCAGGUACCUGCCAGCCUGCCUUAUCUGUUGGUGGCUUAUGAAGUCAGGGAACCCAGACAAUGAUGGCCACCAUUUUUUUCAGCCUGCACCCUUAAGAUGAUGUGAUCUACAUGUAUUGCUUGCAAAAUAAACAUUUAUGACCGACUUGCUAAGCUGUGGCAUGUUAAUAUUGUACUGAAUUACUCUAUAAAUGAAUGAAAACAUUGAAGAUGUUUUUAAAACUUUUUUUUUUUUUAGAUAAAAAAAUCACUGUUUCAGCUGCAAUAUCAAGCCAGUUAUUUUUCUUUGAUUAGAGCAAUUAAAAUUUGAGUUUGUGUAUCCCAAACUAAUUUAAGAAUUAGGAAAUUGGCCUUUUCGUAAUCUGCAUGCAUUGGUCAACUAAUUUUGUUAAUGGUUACUCGUACGUAGCUCAUGUUUGCGUUUAGUGCAAUAGAUCAAUGUGCUGAUUGUGAAUUUUGUAGAAGAUUGAGCUGCUUGGCUAUAAAAAAAAGUCAACUUCUAAAAAUUAUCAGAUCAAUUCUAGGACUCAAGUCUGUAAAAUAAGUAACAUCUAAAAACUUUACCAUUGCAAUGCACAAACCACUGUUUUGCUUAUUAGGCUUCAUAUGCAAACAUACAUUCUGUGCCAAGUAGUCCUUUCGGUCAAAAUCAAUCAAGUGACUGUUUUCAACAGUU